AUGCCGUUUGUUACAGUAUCAUCUGGAGUCCAGCUUCACUACGAAAUCAGUUAUUGUACGGAAGGCGAUGUCGGCCCCACUGAACGACCGUGGCUGAUGGUGGUCCAUCCCCUGUUGAUGGAUAGCUCCUACCUCAAAGCUUUCUGCGACCAUCCGGCGAUUAGAGCCUCUUUCAACCAAGUCUUGUUCGAUGCUCGCCACCAUGGUCGAAGUAUGGACCCUCCAUCAAAACCUGUCGAUCUCUUCUCGCUCGCCGCAGACUUUGCUAUCGGACUCGACAAGCUUCAGAUCCAAGCUGUGCACGCCUUUGGUAGCCAUCCUUGGUCCUCGGAGAUCGUGCUCAGGAUGGCGGCCGUCUUUCCCUCCAAAGUUCUCAGCUUAUGUCUUUGUAGCAUCCCUCCUCCAAUACUUGAACCUUACGUUGAACGGGCCUUUCAGGAAUGCUUCGACGCCUGUGCACACCCAGAAUCGGUAGAGGAAUGGGAUGAAGGGGUGGGAGCGGUGCAAUGGUUCAAUUUCGGCGAGCCUUCACUAGUAGAUCGUGACAUCCUCGACGAAUGGGCCAGUAUUGUUGUCCGCCGGAUUCCGCCUAGCCGCGCAAGUAACUCCUGUCUCUGCGUUUUGCCAUUUUUAAGAGCGUGCAAAGUUUUAAAAUCCGAUUUCAUCCCUGACGGCUUGAGACCAGAAGUCGAAAUUCCCAUAUUGAUUCUCAGAGGCGGGAACGACAUGAUUUUCACUGAGGCAGGAAGCCGCGGACGAUUGGAUGAAUUUCCUUUCCAUGAACAUAGCACAGUAAAAACUAUAGAAGAUGCACCUUCGACGUUCAUCAAGACCCAUCCGCAAGAAACUCAAGCAUAUUACCUGAGCUGGAUCCAAGAGCUUCUUGUGGAUGGGAAGUAUAGCUGCAAACAUAACCCCGUUACCACUUGUUGGAGAUCAAGUUUGGAGAAACUAGCCCAUCACUUCAAAGACGACUCGAUAGCCACCCGAGACCCGUCCCAAAGUGAUAGCUACAGCCGGCAAACCCCCGAAGAAACAACCUUCUUCGCGCACAUGCUUGCAGAAUUGAGCGCCGGACAAGUCAAAACAUUUUCGCUUUUCGGAGGCGGAGCACCGGAGCCGUGGACGGACGCGAGUUUUCAGGAAAAAGUUCCAUGGAGGUUUUCCAGUCGGUUUGAUGAAGCCAGAUUGUCAUCAAGAGGGCCGUUGCUAAUACAGCCCGCCGAACACAACUAUGAAGUCGAAGAAAUCAAAAUCAAAACCUCGGUGGAAGACUUGAUUGGCCUUUGA